GCGGGCCCUGCGCGCCGCGCUCCCUGCAGCCCUGCCGGCCCCGCCAUGCCGCGCGGCUUCCUCGUCAAGCGCAGCCGGCGCCCCGGCGGCUCCUACCGGGCGCGCCCUCGGGAGCGGGACCGGGAGCGGGACCCGGACCCGCCGCCACCGCCCGCCGCAGCCGCCGGGGGAAGCCCCGCCGCCCGGCAAGGGGCGGAGGAGGAGGAGGAGGGCGAGGAGGAGGAGGGCGCCGCCGCCUGCCCCGCGCCCGCACCCGCCGCGGCGACCUGGAGCCCCGGCGGCGGGGGCCCGCUGCGAGCCCCGGCGGAGGGAGCGGGCGCCUGGGGGGCGGCGGGGCCGUGCAGCGCGGCGGGGCCGCGGGCGGCGUUCUUCGAGCGGUGCCUCAGCUCCCCGGCGUCCGCGGAGUCCUUCCCGCUGGCCGCCUCCUUCCCGCCGGCCGAGAAGCUGCUGCUGCAGCCCCGCACGCCGCUGCCCGCCCCGCCGCCGCCGCCGCCCGUCCCGCAGCCCCCGCCGCUGCCGCCGCCGCCGCCGCCGGGCCCGGCGCUGAAGCGGCCGUCGAGGGCCAAGGCGCCCGGCAAGAAGGCGAAGGCCACGCGGAAGCUGAGCUUCGCCGACGAGGUGACCACCUCGCCCGUGCUGGGGCUGCGCAUCAAGGAGGAGGGCCCCGAGGGGCGGCCGGGGCCGGGGCCGCCGCCGUCGGGGGGGCGCACGCCGCUGGGCGAGUUCAUCUGCCAGCUGUGCAAGGAGCACUACGCCGACCCGCUGGCGCUGGCCCAGCACCGCUGCUCCCGCAUCGUACGCGUCGAGUACCGCUGCCCCGAGUGCCACAAGAUCUUCAGCUGCCCCGCCAACCUGGCCUCGCACCGCCGCUGGCACAAGCCGCGGCCCGGCCCCAGCGCGACGGCUCCUCCGCCGCCGCCGCCGCCCCGCCGGGCAAGGAGAACAGCCCCGAGCGGCGGCCCCGCGGCCCCGCCGCCGCCCCCCCCCCCGCCGCCGCCGCCGCCGCUUCCCCGUCAGCACCGCGGCGGCGCGGACAGCGCCGGCGGAGCCCCGGCCCCGGCCCCCGGCGGCCCCGGCCCCGUCGGGGAGGCGUUCGCCUGCCCCUGCUGCCAGAAGCGCUUCCGACGGCAGGCCUACCUCCGCAAGCACCUGGGCACCCACGGCGCGGCGCGGCCAGCAGCCUUCGGGCCGCCGGAGCGCGGGCAGCUCGCCUUCGCCUGCCACCUCUGCGGCGCCCGCUUCCCCUCGGCGGACAUCAGGGACAAGCACCGGCUGUGGCACGCCGUGCGGGAGGAGCUGCUGCUGCCGCCGCCGCCGCCGCCUCCGGCCGCCGGGCAGCCCGAGGGCGGCGGGGCGGCGGCGGCGGGGGGCGGCGAGCGGCAGGGCUUCCCCUGCAAGCACUGCCCCGCCACCUUCUUCAGCGCGCCGGGGCUGGCGCGGCACGCCACCAAGUGCCACCCGCCCGAGGGCAGGCAGGUCCUGCUGCUCCAGGUGCCCGUCCGGCCGGGCUGCUAGCCCCCCGCGGCCGCCCCCGAUGGGACCCCGUCGCCCGACGGCCCGGGCGAGCGCCGAGCGAGUCCCGUCCACGCUGUAAUUCCUAUGGAAAGUCGCGCUGGGUGCGCACACGGCCACCGAGGCGAAGCCGCCUGCGGACCC